AUGUCCGGGGUGUGGAUGUAUAGCGCCGGGGGCGCUAUAGGCGGUGAGCUGGCGAGGGUGGCGCCCCCCACACCCUCCGGCCUUAGCUUCGCUAUGCUAACUCAUCUUGAAGCUUUGAACAUAUACAAGUACAAGUACGAGCGUGAACCCUUAACUUUAUCAAACCCAAUAAGGUUUCCAGAAACUUUGAAAAAACCGACCUUAAAAGGGUUGUGCCUUCCGUGGAAUUAUAUGUCAACAAUACAACGAUUACCCAAACUCGAGGUUCUCAAAUUACUAGACUCUUCGUUCACGGGACACCUGUGGGAAACUGGUGAUGAGCAGUUUCACCAGUUGAAGUAUUUGAAGUUAACAAGGCUGAACAUCCGUGUCUGGGAAGCUUCUAGCAUCAACUUUCCAAGCCUCAGGAAACUAGCAGUGAGAAGUUGUAAAGAUCUAAGAGAAAUUCCACUAGUACUAGGAAACAUCUCCACACUUGAGUAUAUUAAUAUUGAUUAUUCAAACUCUCGUGUUCUCGAGUCUGUAAAUAGAAUUCAAAACGCACAACAUGAUAUUGGGAACUACGACAUCCAUGUCAGCAUUACUCACAUGGAUCAAAGUGAGGUCUUCUUCCAGGGGGGACCCUUACAUCUGCAUGGUGGAGGAAUCUUCUUCAGAGUGUUCCGUAAUGUAGUAUUAUUGGCGACAUUUAGGAGUAUUAGCGGCGACAAAAGUUGCCGCUAUUGUGCAAAUUCUUUGUGGUGA